AUGUCAACUAAAUAUGCUCUUAUAACUGGAGCAUCUUCAGGUAUUGGAUAUAGUUUAGCAAUUGAAUUAUCAAAAAAAGGUUAUAAAGUUAUUGGUUGUUCACCUCAACAAUUUUUAUUUAGUCAAAAACCAUUAGAAAAAGAAUAUGGAAUAAUAUCAUUACCAUUAGAUAUAACAAAUAUUGAACAAAUUAAAUCUACUUUAGUCAAAGUUGAAGAAAUUACUGGAGGAAAAUUAUCAAUAUUAUAUAAUAAUGCAGGUAUAUCAAUAGCAGGUCCAGCAAUAGAAAUUGAUGAAGAUAAAUUAAAUAAAAUUUUCCAAGUUAAUGUUUUAGGACAAAUUAAUAUGACUAAAUAUUUUGCUCCAUUAGUUAUUAAUGCAAGAGGUACAAUUGUUUUUACUUCAUCUGUUGCUGCAAGAGUUCCUUUAUCUUGGGUUUCUGCUUAUAAUUCAACAAAAGCUGCUAUUGAUGCUUAUGCUUUAACUUUACAUGGAGAAAUGAAACCAUUUGGUGUAAGAGUUCAUAGUGUUAUUACUGGAGGUGUUGAUACUGCAAUUUGUGAUUCAAAUAAUUUAUCAACUUUAGAUGAAUCUUAUUAUAAUGUACCAGGUGUUUAUGAUUCAAUUAGAUCUUCUUCAAUGAUGAGUAGAGAAACUAAUAUUUCACCAAAUGAAUAUGCAAAACAAGUUGUUAAAGAUUUAAGAAAAUGGAUUGAUCCAGGUUUUAAUUUAUAUCAUGGUAAAAGAAGUUAUUUUUUACAUUGGAUUAGUAGAUAUUUACCUUUAUGGUUAGUUGAAACGGGAGUACAAAUUCAUUUUAAACAAUAUAAAGUUUUAAAAUAUAUUGCAAAUUUAGCUAAUCAAAAAAAAUUUGUUAAAAAAAAUGAAUAG